CAUCAUCAGCUGGCUCGUGCGGAGCUUCAAGUACGUGUUUGGCCUGCGCUUCGAGGUGAAGGGCCGGCAGAAGCUGGAGGUGGACCAGCCCUGCGUCAUCGUCUCCAACCACCAGAGCAUCCUGGACAUGAUGGGCCUCAUGGAGAUCCUCCCCCAGCGCUGCGUACAGAUCGCCAAGCGGGAGCUGCUCUUCCUCGGGCCCGUGGGCCUCAUCAUGUACCUCGGGGGCGUCUUCUUCAUCAACCGGCAGCGCUCCUCCACCGCCAUGACGGUGAUGGCUGACCUGGGCAAGCGCAUGGUCCGUGAGAACCUCAAAGUGUGGAUCUACCCUGAGGGCACCCGCAACGACAACGGGGACCUGCUGCCUUUUAAGAAGGGUGCCUUCUACCUGGCAGUGCAGGCCCAGGUGCCAAUCAUCCCUGUGGUGUACUCCUCCUUCUCCUCCUUCUACGACACCAAGACGCAGCUCUUCACCACAGGAACGGUCAAGGUGCGGGUACUGGACCCCAUCCCCACGCGUGGCCUCUCUGUGGCAGACGUGCCUCAGCUCGUGGACACCUGCCACCAGGCCAUGAGGCGCACCUUCCUCCACAUUUCCAAGCGGCCCCAGGAGAACGGAGCUGUCGCGGGGCCUGUCACGCAGUCAGCCCAGUAGCCCAGGCCACAUGGGGUCAGGACCCGGGUGGGCAAGGUGGGAGGCGGAGGCUAGAGAGGGGCAGAGGGGCCCCUCACCCAGCUGCCAAAUAUCACAGAGCGCAGCUCCCUGGCUCCCCGGCUCUCACUCGGGCCCCGGGAGCAGGACACAACCGCGGGCCCCGGUCCCUCAGGGAGUGCCAGUCCCCGGCUUCCAGGAUCUGGCACUAGAGGAGCAGGCCGAGGCUGUGGCCUGCAGGUGGGCUGAGCCCAGGGCCUCAGGACGGCUGGGACCCGCGCCCGGCGCUCCCACCAGGCCCAGCUUUGGUCCUGCUGCCCAGGCCUGCCCGGUGCAGUCAGGUCUAGGCCAUGGCCUGCAUCAGGCUCAGGGCGAGGAGAGGCUCUGGGGACCAGGCCCAGAAUGGGCCGCCGGCCCCGCUGCCCUCAAGGGCUGGCUGUGGGCAGCUCACGACUUUUAUAAACCAACUCUCGAGA